AUGACUCCAACAAAAAAACUGAAGCUUAUUCCGGUGAAUGGAAAGUCGCCAGAGAAGACGAAGAAGCUGCAUGCUUCAGGUAAUCUUUCUCCGUUCAAGAGAGAUAUCGAUGAGCUCAUAGACGAGUUUGUGGAGGGUGAUUUGACAACGUUUGAUGAGAUGAAGAGUGUGUGGCUAUCUCGAAAGUUUUCUUACAUAUUUGAAGCCAUUCCUGACACCAAGUUAGCCUUUUUCAUGCAGUCACUGUAUGCUCAUACCAUCGGUCACAUGGUUAGUAUUGAUUCUUUUUCACGGAGACUUGGAGGUCUUUACUGUCUCUAUUGCCUUCAUGAGAUCCAACCUUUUAAACCCAAGUUCCGGAUUUAUAUCUCACUUCAAGAGCUUGGAAAAUUUAGGGAUCUUGUAGUUGAGGCAAAAGAUAAAGGUGUAGAGAUAGCUACUGUUGUGGCGAAACAAAUGCUUGACAAAAACGUGUUUAUAUUUGGAGCUGUGGACGUUAACGAAGUGUCUGCAACCGAGAAACGCUAUCAUUUAACAGAGAUUCAGAACGCAUGUAUACGCUUAGCCUAUGGAAAAUUAACCUCUGACACCGAGAUUGAGAAAUUCAUUCAUUUGGAUAUGGGUAAUGAAGUUGAUCUGAGUUCUCUACAUAAAAGGUCUAUAGAGUACGCAGAGGCCAAGAAGCGUGCUAUCAAAAGUGCAGGAGAAAUAGUGGAGGUUGAGGACAUAAAGCACAUAUCCGAAGAGAAAGAGUUGAUGGGGGAGAGAGUGGAGAAACUGAAAGAGGAAUGGGAUUCACAAAGAUGUUCAUUCUAUGAACAAACCAAGCUUGAUUCUUUUACGGCAACGACAGAGGAACUUCUGAAGGAUGUUGAACAUGAUGAGGAUGAUGGGUUUGAUGAGCUUGAUCACCUACUUUUCCAUAGCUGA